UGAUUAUUGUUAAGAUAGAGUUCACAUUUACACGUUUUAGAGACAUGACCGGUUGACCUUCCAUUUAGCUAUCUGCGCUUACGUAUUUCCGUUUGCUCACACUUCCUUUAUGAUUUCCUGAGCAUCGGCUGAAGGAGGACAAAAUGUUGGCGGCCAGAGCCCUUCGCCUUGUUGGCAAACGUGCCAUAUCAACAUCCGUGUGUCUACGCGGGGGACAUGGGGUGGCUAAGGUGGAGGAUUAUGCCCUGCCAGCCUACUUUGACAGACGGGAAAACCCUCUGCCAGACAUCCAGUAUGUACAGGAGCUCAACCCAGAGCAGAAGUCUUUGAAGGAGAAGGAGAAGGGAUCUUGGGCCACACUCUCCAAUGAUGAGAAGAUCGCAUUGUACCGUAUCAGCUUCAAACAGAGCUUUGCUGAGAUGAACCAGGGCACACAGGAGUGGAAAUCAGUCAUCGCUGGCAUGCUUUUCUUCAUUGGUAUCACCGGCCUAGUUGUGUUAUGGCAGAGGAAAUUCGUCUAUGGAGCCGUUCCAAACACCUUCGAUGAGGAGUUCAAAGCAAAAGAACUGCAAAGGAUGUUGGACAUGAGGAUCAACCCAGUGGAGGGAUUCUCGGCUCACUGGGACUAUGAGAACAAGCAGUGGAAGAAGUAGACGUCCACAUGACCACUAACUCAAAACCAACGAAUCAAUAAUUCAUGUAUUUAUCAACUGUCCAUAUUUCCUCAGUCUUGCUUUUGGAAGACCACUUCCUCUUAAAAGUAAUCCUGUAUUAUAGACAAAAAUAAAGUUCCUAUGUUACCA